CAAUCACAGCGCAUGUCCUCUGGCGUAGAGAAGCAUACAGGGCGACCCGGUGGCUACGGCAGGCUAUCGCUUCUCUACCACCGGGCUAAUAUGAGCCUUUAAUUGAGAGUUAAGACAUUAAACCGGAUGCCUCUAUGAUCCAGCUAACCUUACAGCGAGAUAUACAGUGUUCAGUUUUCACAAGAGGUGAGCCAUGGCGGAACCGAACGCCUCCCGCCCCCAAAGGAAGAUGUCCACCGCUGGGGAGAGUGUGUACAAGGUGCUAGGCCUGGAGAAAGGAGCGACAGCGGAGGACAUCAAGAAAGCUUACAGGAAACUAGCCUUGAAGUACCACCCGGAUAAGAACCCAGACAACCCGGACGCAGCGGAGAAGUUCAAGGAGAUCAACAACGCCAACUCUAUUCUAAAUGAUGAGACCAAGAGGAAGAUCUAUGACGAGUAUGGCUCCAUGGGCCUGUACGUGUCUGAACAGUUCGGAGAGGAGAGCGUCAAAUAUUACUUCCUCAUGUCCAAAUGGUGGUUUAAGAGUCUGGUGCUGUGCUGCACGGUGUUCACCUGCUGCUGCUGUUGCUGCUGCUGCUGUUUCUGCUGUGGCAAGUGUAAACCACCCGACGAUGACGACCACUACCAGUACGUCGACCCUGAAGACCUGGAGGCCCAAAUCAAAGCAGAGCAGGACGGAGGUUACACAGUAAUCAUAGGCCAGCCCAAAUCUAACCUGGGUCCAGAAAGCCCAGAAGGCCAGAGUCAGCCCAUCCCCCUGCCACUGCCCAUGGCUCCACCUGAGCCCCAGACGCCGAGCCCAGCCAGUCCAGCAGGGGAAGAGAACCCCGGGGAGACUCUACCAGAGUCUAAAUGACUCGAAAGUGACGGAGCGGAUGAGCCUCAACUAGUGAAAGCAGGUAGCCUCUCGAGCCCCUUCUAUGAUCCAGCCCCAGUCACCUGCUGCCAGAGAUCAACCAGCCCAAAGCCACCAGCCCCCCCCAGGCCCACACCUUAAUCCUGGCCCCUUAACCCACUGGACAACACCCGUAAGGCAGAACUCAAGUUAUGGAGGAGUAUUGAUGCUCUGAAAAUGCCGAGACCCUCACUGAAAAUUUGAAUCCCAUUUCUCCUAUUAGCUUGCCACUGAUACUGUGGCCUGGCCUCUGUGUGAUCUAACAGUUUCCGUCAUCCAGGGCUAGGCUUGGCAACAUCUCUGGACUCCUCACUGAUCUGUUCUUGUCAUCCCAUUACAACCAGUAAGCAUGUGACUCUGGAAGAUGGCAUAAACGGGGAGAUAAGAGGGCAAACAACAACAACAUGGAAAGGGGAUCUUCAUUAUUCUUUUGCUACCCAGACCAGGAUUGAAAUGAUCUCUAUCACAACCUCCCCUGGGUCCCCCUCCACUGUGGACGUUCGUGACCAAUAGGAGGACCUUUUUAUUUUUAUUUCUUUUUUUUAACAAUAUUUCUCCCCUUUUAACUUGUUUUGGAGUUGUUUCUCCAACAAAACAAAGGAAACGUUUUUGGUAAAAUAACCGAAGUAUGGAAUUGGAUGCCACUCGUGACGUGGACACGUCAUCAGAAGCCAGCAGCACGAGGGUCUGGGUGUGGAGGACCGUUAGUUUGUUCUUCCUUCAGUCUUGUUUUACCGGACAAUCCCAUUCAGUUAAAUGUUGCAUUAACACCCUCUAAUGUUCAUAUUUGUAAAAUCAUGCUCUUGAUGCCAUGUGUGGUGGUAAAAAAUAUUCUUCUUUCGAAAGAAGGACUAAUACACACAAGUUUGUUAAUUGGGAUGUUACUGCAUUUCACAUGAAUGCUGAAAUAUGGGGAAGGGGAACAGAAGAGAAGUGACUGACAGAUUUAAGUCUGUGAUGUUAAACGUCUGAGCCGGAUCCUGGAGCAGAAGUCAUAGAACAUGGAUCAGGAGCAGAGUCCAGGCUUUCCUCACCAAUGUGCAUGCAUUUCCCCCGGAUGCAUGCCCGCUUACGGUACAGCACUGGAAUACAGUCCACAGCCCCAAACACACAAGAUGAAAAAUCAGCCUAGUCUGACUUUACAGACAUGCAGACUCUGGUUAUACACACACCAACACACACACACACACACACACACUUGACACUUGUACCCGCCUGUAUGUCAUUGUGUGCUACCCUCAGCUAAACAAUAUAACCCCAAGCUAAAUCUACGCCAUAUCAUAGAAAAGAAACACUUUUUUUAUUCAUGUUUUGUCAGAUUGUUGCGCUUCUUCUUGUGUUGCAGUCAGACUAUUUUUCGUAGACCAAAGCCAACAGCUCCAUGUAGCCCGCCAACCCAGAAUCACCCUCGUCGAGGCCAAAACGCCAUUUGCUCUGCUGUAAGCCACAGUUCAGUUUGUCAAUUUUGUUUCUGCAAUAUGCAUUAGUGUCUGUGCACCUUGAGAAGCGCGUCCGUUGUCAUUUGAAAUGGUCUUCUUUCUUUUUUUACCCUCUGUUUAGGGUGUAAACCUUUUUAUUUUACCUCUUACUUUCAGAAGAACAGAACAUUUUAAGUCAUCUGAUGAUCCUUAAACGCAGGUCCAGAUUCACUAAGACUGCAUGUUCAUCAUGCAACUUCAUGAUGAACAUCUUCUGAUAAUGAAUACACCUCAGUUACUUGAAGGCAUUUUCACUUUUAACUAAAUUCACAAAAUGUUUUGUGGAUUCAUUUGUGG